UCGACAAGGCACGUGCGCCAUCUUUGAUUCUCGUCCUCGAAGAAGGAGAAAAAAUCAGAUCAAAAAUGUCGCGUUUUUUCGCUGCUAGUUCAGGCAGUGAGAGUGAUACAAGUGAAGAUGAACAGCCAGUAGUUGUUAAACAAGCUCCCGUCACCUCUAGAGCAUUUGUAUUCAGUGAUGAUGAAGAAGAAACAAAGAGAGUGGUUAUAAGUAAAAAAGACAAAAGGUUUGAUGAGCUCAAAAAUGUUAUCAAGCAACUCAAAAACCACAAAAAGAUUAAAGACAUGUCCAAAGUUUUCUCAGAGUUUGAAAACCUUGGUAAAGCUUACAAUAAAGCUAAGGGUGUCRUAGAUAAGGAAGGAAUACCACUGUUCUACAUUCGCUGCUUGGCUGAUCUUGAAACCUUCGUUAAAGUGAAUUGGGAAGACACAGAAGCAAGGAAAAAGCUUAGCAAAGUAAAUGCUAAGUCAUUGUCAACUCUGCGUCAGAAGCUCAAAAAAUUCAACAAGGAAUUUGAAACAGAAAUUGAAAAAYACAGGGAGAAUCCUGUUUUGUCUGGAGAAUCAGAAAAGGAGGAAUCAGAGUCUGAAUCAGAGGAAUCUGGCAAAGAUGAGCCUAAAAUGAUAUCCAGUGAUUUGUUAAAAAAGAAAGCUGCUGAGAAAAAGGUGGCAAAACAGAGUGGAGAAGCAAGUGACUCCGAUGAGUCUUCUAUAGACUGGGAUGAGAGUGAAGAAGAGUCUUCAAGCGAGAGUUCAAUGGAUGAAAGAGCUCCUAUGGAACUGACAGCCAGUAUGUUCUUGAAAAAAGAAAAAACUGCYGGAGAAAAGAAAGUCAAGAAAAUUAAGAAAGCUCCCAGGAUCGUAGAGAAAGAGGAUAAUGAGGGAUGGAUAGAGGUCAAAGGCUUGACAGACAAGGCCAAGCAUCUUUUCCCAAAAGAUACAGAGAUUACUCAUCCUGUAGUUCUUAAGAAACUUCAUGAAAUCUUAGCAGCAAGAGGAAAGAAGGGAACUGAUAGAACUGAACAAAUUGGUUUCCUAAAGGAACUACGAAGAAUUGCCAGUGGAGCUGAUCUUGGUGAAGCAAUGACAGUCAAGUUAACAUUCAACGUUAUAUCAUCCAUAUUUGACUACAAUCCUAAUGUAGCAACCUGUAUGAAGGCUGAGAUGUGGGGAGAGUGCCUAAAGGAGAUCAGUGAUCUGUUGACUAUACUAGAGAAUAAUCCAAAUAUAUUAGUUGGAGAAAAURUUCUGGAAGAGAAUGAAACAUUUGAUAAACCAGAGACAGUACAGAAAGUACGUGGUUGUGUAUUAACAGUGAUAGAAAGAAUGGAUGCYGAAUACGUCAAAAUGCUGCAGGGCUGUGACUGUCAUUCUACUGAAUAUGUUGACAGGCUCAAGGAUGAAAAGCAAGUGUGUGUACUGAUUGAACGUCUUCAAAGCUACCUGGAAAAGAAAGGCUCCCGGGAAGAACUCUGUAGAGUAUAUCUGUUAAGAAUAGAGCAUUUGUAUUACAAGAUUGAUGCCGACAUGAUUGUGAAACCCAAUUCAAAAGCAGACAACAAGGAAAGUGAAGAAGGAAAAGAAACUAAUGAAGAAAAUGAAGCAAAAGAGGAAAAAGAAGCUAAAGAGGAAAAGGAGAACCAAGAAAAAUCAAAGGAAACAAAUAAAGAGAAUUCUGCUGAAACCAUGGCUUAUCUUUGUAAAUAUAUCUACUCCAAGGAUACUUCUGACCGCAUUAGAACCCGCGCAAUGCUCUGUCACAUAUUUCAUCAUGCUCUCCAUGAUCGCUGGUACGAAGCAAGGGAUUUAAUGCUCAUGUCACAUUUACAGGAAACAAUUCAACACUCUGACAUCCCAACACAGAUCUUGUAUAAUCGUACGAUGGUGCAUUUAGGACUUUGUGCCUUCAGACACGGCAUGAUCAAAGAUGCGCAUAAUGCUCUUCAUGAUGUUCAGUCUAGUGGACGUGCUAAGGAACUCCUUGCACAGGGGCUUAUGCAGCAGCGGCAGUAUGAAAGAACUCCAGAACAAGAGAAGAUUGAGAAAAGAAGACAGGUUCCAUUUCACAUGCAUAUUAACCUGGAACURCUUGAAUGUGUGUACUUGACAUCAGCCAUGCUCAUUGAGGUCCCUUACAUGGCAGCCCAUGCUCAUGAUCUCCGAAGACGUAUCAUCAGUAAAAGCUUCCAUUAUCAGCUACGACUAAGUGAAAAACAAGCUCUUGUUGGUCCACCGGAGAGUAUGAGAGAACAUGUUGUGGCGGCAUCUAAAGCUAUGAUGACAGGAGACUGGAAGAAAUGUAGAGACUACAUCAUGGCUGUCAAGGUUUGGAAAUUAUUCAGCAGACCAGAACAAGUMAGAGAAAUGCUAUUGAGGAAACUCCAAGAAGARAGYUUGAGAACAUACUUGUUUACAUACAGUAGUGUGUAUGACUCUCUCAGUCUUCAUACCCUGGCAGACAUGUUUGAACUACCAUCAGGAGUGGUCCAUAGCACCAUCAGCAAGAUGAUCAUCAAUGAAGAACUACAGGCRUCGUGGGAUGAGCCAACACAGACACUAGUAAUGCACCAUGGAGCAGAACCAACAUUGGUACAAAACCUUGCCAUACAGCUAGCAGAGAAGGUUGGAACUCUUGUCGAAAAUAAUGARCGUAUUUAUGAUCAAAAACAUGGUGGUGGCGGAUUCUUUCAGUACAAAGACAGACAAGGAGGAGACAGACGGUAUCGUAAUCGUAAUCAGCAGCAGAAUUACUAACRUCAUCCACACAUGUAUACCGACUUUACGAGAUCACAGACAACGACUCUACUCGCAUCCCAAGAACUCAACUAUGCAUCUUGGUGUUUACAGCAAUCAAGAUGGAUCAGUCUUCUUUCUUUCUGUUUCUGUGGAGCUCAUAAAGCAUGGUUCUCUUAGUGCGAAGUCUUCAAACGACAUCGYAUGCCAAAACAUGCAUCAAGAUUGAUUAACAUCUUGUGUUGACUUUAAAAGUUAAACAUUCUUAAUUUUAAGUAGAUUAUGAAUUGAUUCCACGUAAAUCCAAAUGCGUCCUAGAUUUGAGUGAUGCAAAAAAGUGACCCUCUUCCCAACUGUUAACCUAUCUUUCCCUUAUAAAAUAGUUUUUUCCUCAAGAUACAGAGCGGUUUAAUUUGUUGACCAGGGCGUGUAGCGACCUUAGUAGCGUGCGUACUGUACCCCUCUCCAUUUUAUCCCAGUAAAUAUGGGAAAGGGUGUUGGAGGCUGUUCACAGACUAUAAGCUAAGAGACUUGGGCUGUAUUCAUUUUAUGAUUGAGUUGAUAUCAACACGUGACUAGUGUUUAAUAACAAUAACCUUUUUGCGUCUUGUUACGGAGAUAGAUGUUACCACAAAUCAAUAAACUGCUAUAAUCGAUAGAUUUUAUUGGACUAAACCAGAAUUACAUCAUUGUUUGUCUGUAUUUAAUUAGUGGAGUCCUGACUUGUAGGAUGAGAAUAAAUCAAACACAAUGCUACCGA